UUUUUUUUAAAGUAGUUAGAUACUAUGUCUUUUCAGUCUCGAUUAUGUAAAGAAAUAUUAUUAGAAGAUUUUGGUCCAUUUGUCUCGGUAAUUCAUUUUAAAUAACAGCCGUCAAAUGCUUUUGAAAGGUCGUUUGACUUUAUCUGACAUUGCUCGUUUUACAAAACUUUCUGCUAAACAAGUUCGAGAAAGUCUUAUUGUACUUAUUCAACAUGGUAUUGCUUAUUUCUCAGAAUCUCCUGAGGGUAAAAAUGAACCUACAUUUUAUUCGAUUGACGCUGAAAGAAUCAUGUUGCGUUUAAGAAUGGGCUCUAUUCUUAGAGAAGUCAUUGAUCAAUUUGGACCCGAGGUAAUAUUUUUUUUUUAUUGUACAAUAGACAAACCAACUAUUUAUUUAGGCAGGUACUAUUUGUAAAUUACUGUUUACAAACGGUAGAAUGACUAUUGUGGGUGUCAAGAAAUGGAUUGAAGAAAACGAAAGUAAAGCAAGUAAGUUGUCAUGAUAGAUAGACUGUU